UACAUUCUAGUUUCCUUUAUUUCCUGUUUUCUUUUACCAUGUUCUGCUUUUCUUUCAUGCUUCACUCUGUCUUCAACUUGACUCAGAGUACAUGUGACCAAACUGAACUGACCAAGUCUGUUCCUAUCACUGUCAGUAAACAAAAGUAUCUGAAUAUCCUUCACAAGAAAUCUAUUUCAAAUAGGGCUGAAAUCAAACAUCAGACUAAUAAUAGAGUUACUGAUGGCAGUGAAGUAGAUGAGGACACAGGCAUGCAAGCAUGCAUCAUGCCUAAUGAAGUCCAGGAGGCUGCUGCAGAUGUAAGCAGAGAAGGGUGUCCUGAAGAGCACCCUGAAGAUGGUGAGAAAUGUGAGGACACCGAGAUUUCUAGGGAAGGACUGAAAACCAAAAUUAUAGCUGAAGCUGGUAAAGAGAACUGUGGUGAAAAAGAAGAAAAUAUAACCCAGCCUGAAAAUGGAAAAGUUAAUGAGAAACAUGAAGAAGAAGAGAGGAAGCAAGAAAUUUUCAAGCAGUCAAAUGUUGAUGAAGAAGAAUGUGUAGAGGAGCCUGAUGCUGACAAAAUGAGCUGCAAUCAGUCUGAUUCAGGGCAACCUGCUAAUCAAGUUAAUGACUGUGAAGCAGAGAAAAUAAAUAUGAAUAAUGAAAUGAAUCAACACACUGCAGAAAAUAAACAGGAAAAUAACCCAAGCUGUACAGAAGGGAUUGAAACUACCCCAGGAUUUUGUGAAAUGCUCGAGGUUUGA